CUCCCAACAAGGACUAGCUGCCGAUUAAUGAGGGAAUUGUCAGGAGAAGCAGGAAAUAGCGAGGCAUCGAAUCGCUUUGCGCGCGCAAUCGCCAUUGUUGCGUUUCCUGGACUUUCGGGCGGCUUCAAGUUUGCUGCCAAUUCGGACCCGAACCAGUUCGUUUGUGGCGUCAACAAAGUUCGAACAGGCGCCGCGGGAAUAUUCUUCUUUUUGUUUGUUUUUUCUUCAAUGGAAGCAGUUGGUGUUGUUGUUGUUGGGCGUGUGGAGGCGCAGCCCGCCUGGGGUCCGUGCCAUCCGUCUCACCAUGGACCGCCUGCCGAGCAGGCCCGCUAAAGGGGCCCUUCAGUGGCGAUCAAGCCACAGAUGACGCAAGUUUCCUUUGCUUACCAGUACGACAGAAACAACACAGCCUAAAUCGCCCUGACAACAACGAGGCCAUGCAUCCUCUAGUCUGCAUCAGCAGUUUUUGCCUCUUACCGCUGGCCUUGAUGCUGGACCAGGACUCAACGCUGGACUGCGUUCCCCGCAGAUCUGUGCCCUAUCACAGUGAGAGCGCUCUCCUCUUCCUUGAGGAGGGUGUGUCCAACUACACCACCAUGUUGCUGCGAGAGGACCUGGGCCUGCUGCUGCUGGGCGCCAGGGAGGCGGUCUACGCCCUCGACCUCUUCGACAUCUCCAAGAAGCAAGCCUCGGUAAAAUGGGAGGUGACACAACAGCAAAAGGCCGACUGUCAAGGCAAAGGAAAAGAACCCGAGACAGAGUGCAAGAACUACAUCCGGAUUUUGCACAAGAUGGCGGAUGACAGGAUGUACGUGUGUGGCACCAACGCCUUUAAUCCCGAGUGCGGUUACAUGACCUAUGCAGAUGGGAAGCUGACCCUGGAGCCUGGUGAGGAUGGCAAAGGGAAGUGUCCAUUUGAUCCCUUCCAAAGAUACGCCUCCAUCAUGGUUGAUGAUGACUUAUACUCCGCCACUUCUAUGAACUUCCUGGGCUCUGAACCUGUCCUGAUGCGAAGCUCCUCGUCCCCCAUCCGCACUGAGCUCAGAAACUCCUGGCUCAAUGAGCCAACCUUUGUCUCCAUGGCCCACAUGCCAGAGAGCGACCAAAGCGUGGAAGGAGACGACGACAAGGUCUACCUGUUCUUCAGCGAGACGGCCGUGGAGUGCGACUGCUACAAUAAGCUGGUGGUUUCCCGCGUGGCCCGCGUCUGCAAGGGGGAUCUUGGAGGGGAGAGGACCCUGCAGAAGAAGUGGACUUCCUUCCUGAAGGCCAGACUGGAAUGUCCCGUCCUGGACUCUCAGGUCCCGCACGUGAUCCGGGACACGUACCGCUGGUGUGACCCCAACCAACCCUGGAAGGAGUGUUUGUUCUUUGCCGUCUUCACGCCACAGUUCGACACGUCACACCUGUCGGCCGUGUGUGCGUACCGCGUGGCGGACAUCAGCAAGGCGUUUGCCGAGGGCAAGUUCAAGACGCCGGUUGCCGUGGAGACCUUCAUCAAGUGGGUGAUGUACAGCGGAGAUGUCCCCGUGCCUCGGCCUGGAGCUUGCAUAGACCAUGAGGCUCGCCAGGCAGGCAUCACUCAGUCCCUGGACCUCCCAGACCGGACCCUGCAGUUCAUCCAGGACAGACCCCUGAUGGACCAGGCCAUCCAGCCCCUGGAGGACAAACCUCUGCUGCUGAGGAGAGGAUCUGCCUUCACUUGCAUCGUAGUCCAGCAGGUGCAGGCCUCAGACGGACACAAGUACCAUGUGAUGUACAUCGGCACAGAGGAUGGCAUGCUGCUGAAGGCGGUCAACUACGAUGGGGAGAUGUUCAUCAUCGAGCAAGUUCAAAUCUUCCCGGCCGCUCACUCUGUUAAGAUCCUGAGGUUUUCCGACGUGACGGACCAUCUGUACGCAGGCUCGGACUACGCUGCAGUGCAGGUCCCUGUGAUCACCUGUGGGAGAUCCUCCUCCUGUUUGGACUGCGUGCUGGCCCGGGACCCCCACUGUGGUUGGGAUGAUGUCACCGGGAGUUGCAUCGCCCUUUCCAGCACACAAAGAGGACUAAUCCAGAGCGUGAAGGAAGGAGACGCUUCUCUUUGCCCAAAAGCUGCCCCUGUUCCAGUGGUGAAUCGGUCCAUGUCCCCCAGCGAGAACGUGAAGCUUCUCUGCGCCUCGCCGUCCGACCUGGCGACCAGCAGCUGGGAGCGAGACGGCCGCCGCCUGACCUCCUCGCCUCACCUCCAGCUCCUGCCGGACGGGCUCCUCAUCCUCAACGCCACCGAGUCCGACGCAGGCCUCUACCGCUGCGUGUGGGCGGAGCGGUCCAAAGCGGGCGAGUACGCCGUCGCCGUCGUCGAGUACCAGCUGAGCGUGAAAGGCGAUUCCGGACCGGCGCCCGAGGCCCGGCGAGCAGGCGCCUCCAUGGCGGGGUGGCUGACUGCCGUCGGGGUCCUGCUGUUUCUUCUCCUGGCUCUUUUGGCCUGGAACUUUCACAGCGGCCAUCUACCGCCGCCCCGGACGUGCGGCAGGACGAGAGGACGAGAGGACGCGUCACGUGAGCACGCGUCCGCCGACCCGGGCGCUCUGAGGUCCGGGUGGGCGGAGGACAAGAUGCUGGUGCCUGGAAGUCAGAACUUCAGGAGUAACAACAACCACACGGAUGGAAACGGCGGGGAAGAAGAAGAAGACGCCGCCAUAGUCACGCUUUCCUCUUUGCAGUUUAUCGACGACGAGUCCGAAAUCUAGGAAGUUGUGUGGUCAUGUGACCUUUUCAGCUGUGUGGUCAUGUGACCUUUUCAGAGCCAAAAAAAUCAAUUGAUGCUAUUUCCUCUUAGUUUGCUUCGGAUUUCCAUGGAAGUGUCCUCGGUCCUAAAGACCCUCCUGAGGACACCUCACUGUCUCAUGGAACAUUCUAGAGAAAUGUGCUUCUCAAACUCAGGAAAAACUCUCCAAGUACCACCUCAGAAAACACCUGGCUCUCCAAAGUACCACCAUAAUGACAAUACAGUAGUGUAGUAGACCUAAGUAUUCAUUAAG